UACCUGUUGAUAGAAAAACAAGUGCAAGAACAGAAUAAGGCGUCAAUGCACCUCCGGAGUUUGUAAGCAAUUGUACUAGCAAUACUAGACAAUUAAUAUACUAUUAUUGGUGGCUUUCAAAAUCUUUUUAAAAUAAUUCUUCUGCCACGACAACGAGAAAAGAGAAGCAUUUUCUGUAAUGGAAUUCACAUGAUAUGCUAUUUGUGGUGUUUUAACCUUGUUGCAGUUUUUUAUGACAGUCAUUUUAGCUGUAGAUUUACAAUAUAGCUUUACGUAACCGAAAUAUUUGAUUUUGACAACAGGUGAUACCUUGUCACCUCGUUUGAAAACGGCAAAGAAAACUGCUGGACUACUACCGUUAGCCUACUGGUUUAGAGGGGGAUCUCUGAUCUGCAGAAGACAGACAGAAAAAAAGUAAUUUUUUGUGCGCUGAGUUAGCCAUUAUCGGAUUCCUCCAGUCUGCAAACCGUAUGGCUGCCCCAACAGCACGAAGGCGGUCGAAAGCGCUGCUGCCGACGUGCUACUACGAGGGUUACCUUGAAAAGAGAUCACCUAAAGAAACGACAUCUUGCCGACUGUGGACAUGUCUGUGUGGAAAUACCCUGUUUUUCUACAACAACACCAAGGACUGUGAAUACACAGAGAAGCUGGAGCUCAGUGGCUUCAUCUCCCUGGCAGAUGACAGCAGCCGGGGCUCAAACCUGACGGGGGCGCGGUUCAGCCUCCGCAUGAAGGACGGAGAGGUCAAGCUCACGGCUUCUAGUCUGGAGGCCCGGGUGCUGUGGAAGGGCUUCAUCCUCUCUGUAGUGGAGCUGGCUGUGCCGAGCUCUUUGAACCUGCUGCCGGGUCAGCUGCACAUGCUGGCCGAGGUGAUCGAAAAAGAGAAGGCGCGACGGAAGCCCCCUCCCCUUCCUCAGGGUCCCGUCCCGUCUCCCUACCUCCCCCUGCUGGCCAACAUGCCACCGUGUUACCAUCCAGUGUCCCGGCUGGAGGCCGAAAUGUUCCUGGAGAGGAAUCAGGAAUUUGGGAACUUCCUGCUCCGGCCUGGCAGAGACGGCACCUCUUUGGCCGUCACCACCUACCAGGACCUCAACGGCAGGCCAGUCUUCCGUCACUAUCGAGUGGCUCGAAAGCCAGAUGGAGGAUUUUCACUUGAUGUGGAGAACCCAAUUCCCUGUGCCACCCUUCAUGAUGUCAUCGACCUUCUAGUAGAGAGGACCUCUGGAGCUCUGAGACCUUUAAUUCUGGAAGAGUCGUAUGACGAGAACAUCACGUUUGUUCACUCCAAUGCUGAGAACGGAGAGAGAAAUCUGCAGUGUGCCUCUGGCAGACCCAGUCGCCCCGCUCCUGUACCGCCCCCCAAACCAGGCCACCAUCCUGCCGGUCAGUCUGUGCGCAGCAUGGACAGGGAGGUCAACUUUGAGGACAACACCUACGUCAAUUAUUCCUCGGGCGAUGAAGAUGAGAGCUCCGUGGCACGUUCCCCCACACCCCCACCAAGCACAGGGAAAAGGGCCCUGUUUCCCAAGCUGCCCUCCUCCGUCUCCCCAUAUGAAGAACAGAUCAGCGGCACCUCAGGGGACGCUGAAGAUGAAAACUUUACGACACUCCCACCACAGACAGUUAAAAAGGCCAUGUUACCCAAGGUACCCUCCUCUGUCUCCUUGUCCCGAUAUGAAGAGCAGAGCACCAGCACCUCAGCUGACAGUCAGGUCCUCGGACGCCCUGUUCCUCCACCCCGUACUUCGGCCCCCACCAAGGCCCCCACCAAUGUGAGACGCCGCAGUCUGCCAUCUGACCACUUUACAGCAGCUAUAACCGACGAACUGAAAGAGAAAUUGGAGAUGAGACGAGCGAAGUGCGACGAGCAAAGAGACUCUGCCAACUAGGAUAUUCCUUAUUGGGACUUAUAAGCUUCUUCAAAGCCUCAAAUGCUAUUGCUUUCCUACGCAGGAAAUCUUAGCUUUCUCUUUCACCUGUCUUUGACUGACAGGUAGCUGUCAAUUGUACUGGAAAAAAACUCUACAAGUCUGCUAUGUGGUGGCCUUAAAGAAACAGACACCUGGCUGGACCUAUAGGUGUUAUUGAGGUCACCUGAUCAGUGUUGGCACUUUGAAACGCAUGAGAUUAAUGAUCCAUCGAUCCUCACUACAACUCAAGAUUUUAAAUCCGCGAGGACAGAGAAUUCACUGACUGUAGAUUCUGUUAAAAGUCAAGCUAUCACUAACGCUACUACCAACUGUGAAUUUGCACACCGAAUCAUGUGAGGAAAAAAAAUGCUUUUUUGUACAAAUGUGAUUUAAUUUGCCCUUUGUUGUUUCCCUUCUUCAGUGUUAGACAAUCUUACGUUGUGUAUCCAAUGCUCAGGCUGAGAAUCCUGUCAUAUCCCUGUUGUGUGAGGCUCAACCAGUCGUCUCAGAAAACGCGCUUGAUUUGAUGUUUGUACAGUGACAUCACUGCCGGUCAAACACGCCACUGAAGAUCUCCGGUCUGGCAGACUGACCUGCUGUGCUGGAGUACUGGGUCAUGUGACUUGUACUGGGCCCUUCAGCUCUAGGUGCUAUGGGUCUGAUUUGGAUGGGGCAACAUAGCUCAGGAGGUAAAACCGAUUGUCUGGCAGUCGGAGGGUUGCCGGUUCAAACCCCACCCUGGGCGUGUCGAAGUGUCCUUGAGCAAGACCCCUAACUGCUCUGGCGAAUGAGAGGCAUCAAUUGUAAAGCGCUUUGGAUAAAAGCGCUAUAUAAAUGCAGUCCAUUUACCAUUUACCAUUUACUGAGGCCUUCGGCACAUGCUAAACCUUGUAGCACGUGCAAAACUAAUAACACAACCGGUGAUUAAGGGGUGGCAGUGUAGCAUAAUGGGUAAGGACCCGGUCUUGUAACCUAAUGGUUGCUGGUUCGAUUCCUGGUAGGACACUGCCGUUGUGCCCUUGAGCAAGGUACUUAACCUGCAUUGCUUCAGUACAUAUCCAGCUGUAUAAAUGGAUACAAUGUAAAAACUAUGUAAAAUGUUGUGUAAGUCGCUCUGGAUAAGAGCGUCUGCUAAAUGCCUGUGAUGUAAUGUAAUGUGAUUGGUGUUCUUAGGAGACAGAAGAACACCAAGCACCGCCUCACUGUGGUUUUAUUGGCACAGUGACAAAGUGGAUAAAAAUCAAAGCAUUUACAAGGUGAUCACUUCUUCAGUCAGUAAAUUAAGUAAAAAAAAAACAAUUCAUUGAGCAUUUAAAGCAUUGUGGAUUAUAUUCACAUAUACAGUAUGCAUACUGACAUUUAGCCUCCUCUCUCCUCAAAUACCUUGGUUUGACAGCUCAAAGAAAAAAGCACCCUGACACUUUAAAUAAAUGUAACUAAAUGGGAAAUAGGUGUUCAGACACACUACUGGGCAAGAACAAUUAUAUACUAACCACUAUCCUUUAUUAUCUGGGCAUUAACUCCACUGAAGUUGACUUCCCAUUACUAGCAUUCAUUGACAAUUUUGAAGGGCAGUGCUGUAAAACGCAUACAUACUCUUUAUAUUUUUAUACACCUUCCGAGACCCGAAUCUCUGUACAGUAAUCCUGCUUGACUCUGCUGCUCGGCUGACCACCUUGCCACUGGCUCACACUGUCAUGUUGAAUGAAGUACAUUCUGUAAGAAGCCAAGUAUUAUUAAAAGGUUUUGCGAAAAACUGG